ACUUGCAGUGAUAGAGCGUCCGUGACUCUCUCAGUACCAAUUCCCGAUCUCGAUCUUUCAAAUCUCUCCGAUCCAGCCAUUGCGAUGUUCUCAUCUCUUCAGAUCCGACGGCCUCCAUCAUCGCUGCCGAAUCCUCCGCUCCGCAGCAUCUUUAGCCUCGUUUGGUGGAGAAGAUCGGGGAAAGAAUUCGCAAUCGCCGCAGCUGGGGUCGUGAUUCUUGUGUUCAUCGUCCGUUCCACCUUCGAUUCAUGGCAGGAAGGGAGCGGUUCGACCAGACCGAUGGGUUCGGAUUCGGAUCUCGUGGAGCUGACUCUGGUGAGAAAUGCAAAGGCCAGAGGAGCUGUUUGUUUAGAUGGAAGCUCCCCUGCGUAUCAUCUUCGGAAGGGUUUUGGAUCUGGCUCAGACAGUUGGCUUGUCCACAUAGAGGGUGGAGGUUGGUGCAAUACGGUAGCAUCGUGCGCUUGGCGUAAAAUGACUCCAUUAGGAUCAUCAGAUCGGAUGGAUCAAGUUCCCUUCAUUGGCAUGUUUAGUAGUGACCAAUCACAAAAUCCUGAUUUCUUUAACUGGAACAAAGUCAAGAUACGUUAUUGUGAUGGUGCAUCUUUAUCUGGGAAUGUGGAAAGUGAAGUUCAGAAUGGCACAAAAAUCUUCUUCAGAGGUCAGCGUAUUUGGGACGCAAUUAUGGAUGAACUAUUAUCAAUAGGAUUGGCUAAUGCUAGACAGGCUUUUCUUUCUGGAUGCUCUGCUGGAGGUUUGGCGACUCUCAUACACUGUGAUGAUUUCCAAGCACGCUUGCCUAAGAGUGCUGCUGUAAAGUGUCUUGCAGAUGCUGGCUUUUUUCUUGACGAAAAAGACAUUGCUGGGAAGAGCACCAUGCAAUCUUUUUACUCUGAUGUGGUCCAUUUACAGGGUGCAAAAAAAAGUUUAAACAAGGACUGCAUCUCACAGAUGGAGCCAUCUCAGUGUUUCUUUCCACAACAGAUUGUUAAGAACAUAAAGACCCCACUUUUCAUUGUCAACUCAGCCUAUGAUUUUUGGCAGAUAAAAAACAUUUUGGUGCCGGAAUCAUCGGAUCCGAAUCAUGAUUGGGUAACCUGUAAGCAGAAUAUCCAUGGCUGUAAUUCCAAACAGAUUGAGAUACUGCAAGGCUUCAGGAUAGCCUUGCUAAAUGCAUUGAGUGGAUUAGAGCAUAGUAAGGAUGCAGGCAUGUUCAUAAAUUCCUGCUUUAUUCACUGUCAGACAUGGAUGGCUAACACGUGGCAUUCACUUGACUCUCCAAGAAUAAAAAAUAAGACAAUUGCAGACACUGUUGGAAAUUGGUUCUUCAACCGAAGAGUAGAGAAGGAAAUUGAUUGCCCGUAUCCAUGCAACCCCACUUGUUUCAAGAUGGUUUUUGACUAGUUCCGAUGAGAUUCGAGCUGUUUUGGCUAUACACUUCUCACCCUCCAAAAUGCAGCUACGGUUAGCCCGGCUAAUGGCUAGCCAGAUUCUUUUCGGGUACGGCCUGAGGAAGAUCAUGGGAGAUGAGGUAAAGAAGCAUCUAUGUCAUUGCAGAUUCCAUCUGUUUCAUCUCUGUAAAAUACUAUUGGAGGAAUGUCUCCAAACAGGUAUUUACUCAAUCUGUGAGAUUCAUUCUAUUGAGAAAGAUAAUUAUAUCAUUGUGGGCCGACCUUCGGCUUUGGAUGGUUA